AUGCCUUCUGUUUCUUUGUUCAAUUCCUUUGUCCUUUCUCUCCUCCUCACCGCCAACGCCACCCUAGCAACCCACCCUCAUCCGUCUCCUUCACCACACCAGCAUCACCCCCCUGCCCCGGCCCCGUCUCACCCUCCCGUGAGGAAGAUGGUGGCUAUUCAAGGCGUCGUCUACUGCAAGUCCUGCAAGUAUAGAGGAGUCGACACUCUCACGGGAGCCACUCCUCUUGCCGGUGCUGUGGUGAAGCUGCAAUGCAACAACUCGAAGACGGGCAUGGUGGAGACGAAGACGAGCGACAAGAACGGCUACUUCUUCUUCAUGCCGCAGAAGCUGACCACCUCUGGGUCCCACAAGUGCAAGGUCUUCCUCGUCUCGUCUCCCUCCGCGGCCUGUAACGUCCCCACCAACCUCCACGGUGGCGCCCUCGGCGCAAUCCUUCUCCGCAAGCCGGUUGAUGCCCCGCCCAAGCCGUUGCCGUUUGAGCUCUUUACGGUUGGACCCUUCGCCUUUGAAGCCGCCAAGAAACUGCCAUGUCACUACUAGUCAAUCAAGCUAUCUUAUUUUUAUAGAGGAUUUUCAAUUGGUUUGUGUCUGUGUUUAUGUUCUGUUAGUACGUCGGCGUUUCGUGCUUUAGUAUGCUUGUUCUUGUAGUUGUAUAAUGCUAGUACUAAUGAAGCGUUUGGAUUUGCAUGGCUACGUUAAGUCGUUAAUAAAAUGUAGUAGUAGUAAUUAGUUUUAGAACCUUUAUAGUGGGUUUAGUUAUGAAAUCAAAAAUGGAAUGGCUGUGCUUGUGUAAUUGUGUUGGUUUACGAAAGCAGACAU